GACACACCCUCACACAGAGGAAAGGAUCUCAUUAUCCCCUGCAGAGCCUCUACGUGACUAAUGUGACUCGUGGGUGAAGGUUGAAGUCUCCUGUUGCAAGUCUCAUUUCAAAUGGGUUCUACGGUUCAGUAGCCGUAGGAGUGCAAGAAAUUUCCUGCAAACAGAUUAAAAGCCUCGCAGAAACAAGACAAGCUGCACGUGGGACAUUCUCUGUGUGCGCUACAUCUUAAAAUGGAGUUGAAAUACAUGCUUCUGCUUUGGACAUUCCCGCUGACGUUGGGGUUUCUGUUUGACGAUGAUGAUGACAAACCGGCGGUUUCGCCAGCGGUGGGCGGCGGCGCGCAGCCGACAUGUAAGAUCCGGUGCACAGGUGCGGAGGGCGGGGUGAGUCUGCCCAUCGUGGGGGAGAAAGGCGACCCAGGCCCAGCUGGAGAGCCCGGGUCACCCGGAGUCCCCGGCACACCCGGGCAGCCGGGUCCACCCGGGUUAUCCGGGCAGAAGGGGUCGGCAGGAGGCCCCAGGGGAUUUCCUGGCCCCGUCGGGGCGCCUGGGGUGAUCGGCCCACCAGGUACAAGUGGCCCACAAGGACCGCCCGGCCCCCCUGGCCCUCCCGGCCCCCCUAGUGUCGGCCCCGGGCCACCACAGCCAUUUGCACCUAACCUAGGUGUGCUUGGCCAACCAGGACCCCCCGGACCCCAAGGACCACCUGGUCCCCCAGGCCUGCCCGGGCUCUGCAAAGACUGUCCACUUACCAGUCGGUUCAACCCUGGGAUAAGCACAGGGAAUCUGGGCCUCCCUGGGCCAGUCGGGCCCCCUGGAGCCCCCGGCCCACCGGGUAUACUGGGUGCGCCCGGGAUCCCAGGUGCAAAAGGAGACAAAGGUGAUCAAGGAGAACCGGGUCCUCCGGGCCAGCCUGGGUACUCACAACCCGGAUCACAGACUGGGUACAACAGCUACCCCGGGCCACCUGGACCCCCGGGUCAGCCUGGGACGCCGGGUAACCCAGGCCCUAUCGGCCCCCCGGGUAGCCCCGGACCCAUAGGCAACCCGGGCAUUCCCGGCAGUAAAGGUGAACAAGGGUGGAUCGGCCCGACCGGGUUACCCGGACAGAUUGGCCCGCAGGGUCCCGUAGGGCCGCCGGGGCCACCCGGGCCGGGUCUCAGCGAAGAAGACAUCAAGCGGAUAUUACCACGGCAACCCGAGAUCGCCCCGAAACCCGAGAGUCCGCCGGUGGUGUUCUCUGCUGUGCAUUCUGGGAGCGGACCCAGCGGACAGGACAGGAUCAUAUUUGACAGAGUACUGAUAAACGCAGGAACAGAAAGACCACACAAUGGUCGACCUCGAUCAAGGGGUCAUCGGGGAACAGGAGGUUUUGACGGCCACACGUUCACAUCAGAGAAACCAGGCAUCUACUUCUUCACCUUCCAUGUUCUGUGUGAGCACCCCGAGAACCAGUAUGAACCGGUCCAACUGGUCAAAAAUGGUGUCACGGUCGUGUCACUGCAGCAGGGUAUGAACAUGUCUGGCCACGCCAUGACCGGUAACUCCCUGUACCUGCAGCUCAACCCCCGCGAUCGCAUCUGGCUCCGCGUCAAGGAGGGCGUCAAGAUACGACCAAACGCAACCUUCUCUGGAAUGCUCAUACAUACACUGCAGUAGUUAGGCAGAUAGAGCUGACAGAAUAGAGUACACAGUUAGGCAAAUUUGCUCUUCAACCCAGUAACGUUACAUACAGAGGGAAAGAAUAGUUAGGCAAAGCAUGUUGCAACAUCUUGAUAUCAGACU